CGCGAUCUUGUCGUCUGAGCACGAGAAGAAGCCGGCAGCCUCCCACCAGUCCUGCCACGCAGCCUCGACAGCCACGGGGUUGUAGGCGGACAACAUGGGCUCAGUCAUGUCCUUCUUCUCGCCCUUGGGCGUGCGGUUUACAAACGCAGGAGCCUUAGGAGUCUCUUUCUCCUCUUUUUUCUUCUUCUUAUCGCUCUUAGGAGCCCAGCGGUUCGGAUCCUUCUCCUUCUUAACAGCGCCACCGUUCUUCUCAGCGCGUAGAGCCUUCUUCAUGGCGUUCUUGCUCAUCUUGACAGGGGCCGGAGGGGCCGCAGCGUCGGGCGUGGGGGCAGAGUCCGCCAUGUUCAAGGGACUCGAUGGAUGCGGAAAUGGCUGGCAAAGAUGCGGUGGAGCGGUAUUGGGAAAACUAAUAACGAUAAUUUUGCAACCAGGGAGGUAUCAGUGUUUGUAUGCAUGAUGAAUUUUAAACAUCAUAUAUUCCUAAACCCG